AUGGAGAUACCAGCGGCUUUGCAUGGUUUACAAAAUCAAUAUCAGAAUAUUCUUUCUCAUUUCAAUUUUGGAACAUUCGAUCCAUUAGAACAAGCUAUGACUUUUCGCAAAAAGGUUGAAGAAUACAAAGCAAGCGAACAAGAUGCCAAAUGGCAUGAGAAUAUUAUCCUAGUGCCUCUAGAUCGACCUUCAACAAUUCUUGAAAACAAGUCAAUCACAUCAUUUCAACAAGCUGAAAUUCUACUGAAAACAUUAUGGGAGUACCUGUCUUCAUCUUCAUCAAACGAACACUAA